GACCGUUGGUGGUGAAAGAUACCUACCUUUUGUGCCCGGCUCCUGUACUGGAAAAAGAGGGAACAUGUGCCACUCUCCACGUCAGCAUGAAUAAUGGCCUGAGCUUCGUAUCAAGCUCUGUCACAAUUACUGCAGUCACAUGUUCUGAUGGGACCUUUGUUGCCAUAGCGUUGCUCAUCCUUUUGCUCCUGCUCAUCGUCCUCCUGCUCUGGUGGUUCUGGCCUCUCUGCUGCACCGUGGUAAUUCACGAGCCGCCUCCUCCAGUAAUAGAGGACAGCUCCGAUGACGAGGAUGGUUUCCCCAAGAAGAGGUGGCCCACAGUGGACGCCUCGUACUACGGAGGACGUGGAGUCGGAGGCAUCAAAAGAAUGGAG